AUGCUGUGCAAGUGCCCCUGCUCGUUGACUUCUGACCGGCGGUAUGCAAGGCGGAGUGAGGUUGUUGACGGGCUUUUUUAUCACGAUUACUCGGCUAUAUGCCAUGUAUCGGCAAUCAAGAAAGACUCUCACUUUUCUUGGUGCAACCUUGCUGGUUGCCACGGUUGCAAGUUCGUGAUUAUCUCUGACGCCGAUCUUCUAUACGUCUUAAUUGUGCUAUUCUUUUGCUUUGCAACUCGGCUAUCUCCAAAUCUAUCGGACUCAUGUUCCUUGGAAUUAGAGACUUACAAGGGCAUUCUUCAAGUCUCGUUUGCGCAGAUAUUUGUGCUGGCACCGUACCUUAUUCUUAGCGUUAGAGGAUGCUACGCCAAGCGUGUGGCUAACUCCGACACGGUGCCUGCUAUGAUUACAAUCAUAUUCCAAGAAUGA